CUUGGGUAGGAUAGCUAUAUAAUAUAUGUUCAUUCUGUAGUUCACUUCUACUUGCAAACAUGAAGCUGGUGUUUGUAUAUCUGUCCCUGGCCUGCGUCUGCAUUUCAGGAGUGACAUCUGUAAGUCACGUACCUGUACUUUUAUGGUCAUCUGAAAGCUCUGUGUGGGCUUCAGCACCAGCAUUAAAUGGAGGACAUGUUGCAUCAAGUGAUGAAUUACACAGUUUACUGCAAGAGGUUGUAUCAAGGAAAGGAUCUAUUGUGAUUUUCCUCCAGGACACACUAAGCAUGGAUGACAUCACAUAUUACAGCACAGUGUCUGGAAGUGAGAACCCACUGUAUAAUGUGCAGGACAUUAUGGAUUCUUCACCAGCCUCCCUAGUUCUUCCUGCAGUUGACUGGAAGACAAUUCGUAAUCUGCAUGGAUACCUUAAAAGCCAAGCUGACUGGAAUCUGAUCAGUGUAGACAUGUUAAAUGAGCCUUUAUUACAUCUGGAUUACACUAAACCAAACUUAAUUACAAUAAAUCUACAGUCAAUACCAAGAUCCAGUCAAAUAUAUGCUGCCUACACUUUCUCUGAAAAUGAUAAACACAUUAAAAAGGUCACACAAAUUCUGCAAGACAGUGGAGUCAAUUUCACUGCAAUUUACACUGCAUUGAAACCUUCCAAAGUUGCAAAGAGUUUUGACAUGGUGCAAAAACAAGGGCGACAGCUGCUGGCCACUGAUUUGACUGUUCCAUAUCCGCCAUUUAAUGUGACAAAUGGAUCAGACACCUGCAUUCUGAUAUACGCAACCCAAUUUGUGGUCACUGCUAAUGACACACAAGUAUUUGAUCUGACAAAUGUGACAUUCAUAGCACGUUCAGCAAACACUAGCCGAUCGGAAUGCUCUGAUUUCAAUACCACAUUAUCCCUAGUAUACUCUAAUCCUGGAAAUGGACUUACAAGCCUGGAAGUAAGAUUUGUUAUGUCUAAUAUGUUCUACACUGGCUCUGCAAGAAACUGGUUCAACAUAGAUUCCAUUCUUAUAAUCCCCAAUGAAGAUAUUCUGAGAAAUGCUUCAUUCCAAACUACUUAUUCCUCCGCACCAGCAGAGUACUCCUUCCACUGCCAGCAAGUAGGGACAAGUUCAUUGUAUGCAGAGACAUUUGUUCCUGCUAAUAGUGAAGCUAACAACUGGAGGAUAUAUAUUGCCGAGUUCCAGAUUCAAGGAUUCAACAUCAACAAAAACCUUUUCUCUUAUGCAAGUGACUGCUCAUCAUUUUUUACUCCAGCCAUUUGGAUGGGUCUUGUGUCGGGUAUUAUCCUGUUGUGGAUCUUGGCAUAUGGAAUUUUCAUGAUUAUGCAACUAACAACAAAUGAUAAAUUUGAUGACCCUAAAGGCCCAGCAUUGUCGGUUCCUCAAGGAGAUUAGAAUUUUAGCCUUGUUCUUUUACAGUGAAUAUAUCCAUGUGCGAGUUCUGCACAAUGUGUGUCCAUUAUUAAAUUAUUAAAUGAUUAAAUAAUUUUUCUGCUCCAAAGCAAUUCAACAAUCAAAUGAACACUGAGAGCUAUAAUACUUCAAUUCACGACUCACUGGUGUUUAUAAACAUCCAACAACUUACUCCACAAAGAAACUGAUAAGGAAAAAGUAAUGUUGAGCUAUUGCUGAAGGAACAUCAUUACCUUGAUAUUUGUCUCAUGUCUUAUUGCCUUGUCUAAUAUUUGAAAUUGAUUUUUUUUAUUAUAAGCCAAUAAUAACAAGUUGACUAUUUCUAAACACAAAUUCACACGCUUUCCCAUGCCAUGUUUUCCUAUGACCAUGUAAAACUUAGAUCCAAGAGUCGACGGCCCUUAUGGUCAGGGACCAUAUGAUAAGUUUUUGUUGAAGCAAGAAUGCAAAGGGAUUUACUAAAGGAAACAAAAUUGUUACUAAGCAGAGUAAAUGUUCACUUAGCUUAGUAAAGAAAGUGAAGCUAUAUUCACGUUGAAUACCCAAUAAUGUAUGAGGCGGGAAAUAAAAAUAAAAAAACUGUUUUUGCUUGUACGUGAUUGAAGGCUUCACCUUAUUCACUAAGCUAAGCAUGCAUUCACUCUGCAAAAUAAACAUCCACUUAAAUUUUUUUAAAUAUGCUAAGGCCCAUUAAUUUUGCAAUAUGUGCGUUAUCAUGCUUUACAUUUUUUCCUGUAAACUACAAUGUUUUUGUAAUGCACUGCAGCCAGGUGCAAGACUUUUUAUAGUGACAGAAUGCAGGACACAAAAUGCAACUUUUUUCAGUGUGCAGGUGUGAAACGAAGCUAUAGGACAUAAGAAAAAUGCCAUGUUUUUGCAUUGUAAACAGCACAGUAACACUUUACUAGAAUGAAAGGCUUUAAAAUUCUGAGCACAAAAGUGAAUGAAAAGUAUACCACUCUUGUUCAUAAUUUAUAUUCUUUAGACCAAUGGUGUCCAUGGCCUGGCAUUACCCAGUGGUCUGGUACUUGCAAAUAGAUAUCCAAAUCCACAACGCUAAAUAAAUAAAAAGAACACAAUACAAUUCUUUCAAUCUAACCAAAUGUGCUGGCUAUUUUCAGAUAUGUUAGCAUUAAAUUAUAAAACAAUUCUAAAUAAAUGUUGUAAUGGCUUACCCAGUGA